CUGGGCGGCAAGGACUCGACGCGGUGCAGUGCGUUGCUGCUCCUCCCAAACCCUUCUUUUUUUUUCUCUUUAUUUCUCCGCUUCGAUUUCGAUCACUUCGAUUUCCAUCUCUAUCCCAAAGUUUCUAAAACAAAAGGAAAAAAUCUGAAAAAAAAAAAUCCAAUUUUUUUGAACAGUCCUCUCUCUUGGUAUCCGAUCUUUGUUCCGUUAUCUAUUCAUAAAAAGUCCUAACAAAAACAAAAAAAAAUCAAAGAGGAAGGUUUGAUUGUGUUAUCUGUUUUUAUCGGAUUCGGGAAGAAAAAAAAAGGUGAAAAAGAUCGCAUCUUGGCGUGAGAGAUGGCGCAGGGUACUAUGCAGCAGCAGCCGCCGCCGCCGCCAAAUGGGACUGCUAUCAAUGCCGGUGGUGCCGGCGCGGGGUCUCAGUUCCCGUCGACUUCUCUAUACGUGGGGGACCUGCAGGCGGGCGUGACGGACGCGCAGGUGUUCGAUCUGUUCAGCCAGCUUGGUCCUGUGGUGUCCGUACGGGUGUGCCGCGAUGCUGAUACUCGCCGGUCGCUUGGAUAUGGUUAUGUCAACUACAGCAACCCCCUUGAUGCUGCAUCAGCGUUGGAAGUGCUGAACUUUACCCUUCUUAACAAUAAGCCUAUUCGCAUUAUGUAUUCUAAUCGUGACCCUAGCAUCCGCCGAAGUGGGGCAGCAAAUAUAUUUAUAAAGAAUCUAGAUAAAACAAUAGGCAACAAAGCACUACAUGAAAUCUUUUCAACGUUCGGUACUAUUCUUUCGUGCAAGGUUGCAAUAGAUGCAUCUGGUCAGUCGAAAGGAUAUGGCUUCGUACAAUUUGAACAAGAUGACGCAGCACAAGCAGCAAUUAAUAAGUUAAAUGGCAUGCUUGUGAACGAUAAACCAGUUUUUGUUGGACCCUUCCUUCGCAAACAGGAAAGAGAGAACUCUUCAGACAAGGCAAAAUUUUCUAAUGUUUAUGUCAAAAACCUCUCUGAAUCAACUACAAAGGAAGAUCUUGAAACAAUCUUCAGAAAGUAUGGGAAAAUUACUAGUGCUGUCGUUAUGACAGACGGGGAUGGAAAAUCAAAGUGCUUUGGCUUUGUUAAUUUUGAGGAUUCAGAUGCUGCUGCUCAAGCAGUUCAAAAACUCAAUGGGCAGAAAUUUGAUGAAAAAGAGUGGUAUGUUGGAAAGGCACUGAAGAAAUAUGAAAGGGAACUAGAACUAAAGGAAAAGUUUGACCAGAGUGCAAAAGAUGCAGUGGACAAAUACCAAGGACUUAACUUAUAUCUAAAGAACUUAGAUGAUAGCAUUGGAGAUGACAAGCUGAGAGAUUUAUUUUCUGAUUUUGGUACCAUAACUUCUUACAAGGUUAUGCGGGAACCAAAUGGAGCAAGUAAAGGUUCUGGGUUUGUGGCUUUCUUAACUCCAGAAGAAGCGUCUCGAGCACUUGCAGAUAUGAAUGGAAAGAUGGUCUGUGGGAAGCCACUGUAUGUUGCACUGGCACAACGUAAAGAAGACAGAAGAGCUAGGUUGCAGGCACAGUUUUCACAAGUACGACCUGUAGCAAUGACUCCUAAUGUUGGCCCACGUGUUCCCAUGUACCCUCCUGGUGCUCCUGGUCUUGGGCAACAAAUAUUUUAUGGUCAAGCACCUCCUGCCCUUAUUCCACCUCAGCCAGGGUUUGGUUUCCAGCAACAACUUAUACCUGGAAUGCGUCCUGCAGGAGCACAUAUGCCAAAUUUCUUUGUGCCCCUUGUCCAACAAGGUCAGCAGAUGCAUCGUCCAGGUGGCAGACGUGCUGCAGCUGGACCAGUGCAACAAAGCCAGCAACCAAUACCUCUAAUGCAGCAACAGCAGAUGCUUCCAAGGGGGCGUGUUCAACGCUAUCCUCCAGGUCGCAACAUGUCUGACGUUCCUAUGCCUGGUGUUGUUGGUGGCAUGCUUUCACCUUACGACAUUGGAGGUUUGCCUAUGCGAGAUGUUGGCUUGUCACAACCUGGUCCCAUUGGAACAUUGGCUUCAGCCCUUGCAAAUGCUCCUCCUGAGCACCAAAGGAUGAUGCUUGGUGAGAAUCUGUAUCCACUUGUGGAGAGUAUUGAACGCGAUCAUGCAGCCAAAGUUACCGGUAUGCUACUGGAGAUGGACCAAACAGAGGUUCUGCACCUUCUGGAAUCACCGGAUGCGCUGAGAGCAAAAGUUGCAGAGGCAAUGGAAGUUCUGAGGAGCGUCGUACAGCAGCAGGGCAAUGUGCCUGCUGAUCAGCUGGCAGCAUUAUCGCUUAAUGAUAGUAUUGUCUCAUGAGUUGAUGAAUCAUGAGAGAUUUAGCCGGAGGCUGUUUGAUUGUGACAAGAUAGUAGUAGUGGAGUUCGGUUGGCUUUCUCUUUACAACUGGAUUCGACUUUGGCUUUCAGGUUAUUAAGCAUGCUUUUCUUCUUGUUUGUGCUGGUAGAAUUAAUGUCAGGUGGCUGGUUUUCAUAUUAAGUUUGUGUUCUGCCACUGCUGCCUCUUGCAACUGCUUGUUCCUCGUGUUCGUACACUUGGUUUAAUGUUUUGAAUCAGCCGCUUUGAAAUA